AUGGCUAAGCGUAGACAAAAGACUAGAACGCAUGUUAAAGCGGAUGUGGAGGACGUGAAGAAAAUUCCAAAGUCCAUGGUGAUCCGUGUAGGUCAAACGUCCAUGGCAAACCACUCUUUGAAUCAACUAGUCAAGGAUUUCCGUCAAAUCAUGCAACCUCACACAGCUAUCAAGUUAAAAGAACGCAAGUCUAACAAGCUGAAAGACUUCGUUGUGAUGUGCGGUCCCCUCGGCGUCUCGCAUUUGUUUAUGUUCACACAGAGUGAAAAAACCGGUAAUGUCUCGCUCAAGAUGGCCAGAGCGCCACAUGGUCCAACAAUCACGUACCAGGUGCUGGACUACUCCCUUGGAAAGGAUAUCAAACGUUUCAUGAAACGUCCCCGCUCUAUGGGUAAAGAAGACGCAAUGAACCCACCUUUGCUUGUUUUGAACGGUUUUGGUGUCAAGCCUCCCGCCAGUGGGGAAAACGAUGCAGAAUCUACCAGUGAUGCUGCUGAACGUGCUAAUGUUGAAAAAGUAGUAAUCUCUAUGUUUCAGAACAUCUUUCCACCAUUAAACCCAGCCAAGACUCAACUCGGUGCUAUUAACAGGGUAUUUAUGAUUAACAAAGAUCCCGCCUCCGGCGAAGUCAGCAUGCGUCAUUAUGUCAUUGACAUUCGUGAGGUAGACAUUUCUAGAAAUCUUAAAAGGCUCUACCGCUCGAAAAACAAGCUUAACAAGGCUGUGCCGAACCUUCACCAAAAAGACGACAUCGCAUCGUUGAUCCUAGACCACGAUGUCGGUGCUUACACGUCAGAAAGUGAAGCAGAUGAAGAAGCUAUUGUCAAAGUAAUGGAAAAAAAUCAGAAAUCGGCUAAAGUGGCGCCCGCAAGUGUGCCUGAUGCAGCUUCGGGCACGGGAGAUGCACCAGAACGUCCUGAAGAGCCCCUAGAUCAUUCUGCACCUCGCAAGAAAGCUAUCAAGCUAACGGAAGUGGGACCAAGAUUAACACUCAAACUUGUGAAAAUUGAAGAAGGGAUAUGCUCUGGUAAAAUAUUGCACCAUAACUACGUCAAAAAGACUAGCGCUGAAAUUAAAGCUUUGGAGAAAAAACACGCACAACGUAUGAAGCUGAAGGAAGAGAGACGCAAGGAACAAGAAGCUAAUCUGAGUAGAAAGAGAGAAGUUAAGGACGCAAAGAAACAACGUAAAUUAGAAAGAAGAAAGCUCAGAGAACAAGAGCAAGAGCAAGAGGUCGCAGAAGGUAAAGAGCCCACUCAGAAAGUCGAUGAAUCCUCGGACUCAUCAAGCAGCGAAGACGAAAAUUAUGAUGAUGUACCUGAGGAUCUGGAUAGUGAUCUAUACAGUGAUGUUGAAAUGGACUGA